UUUGCGCUGCCCGUGCAGCUAACCGUGCUCACCUUACAGGCACGACCACAGUUACUCGUCGUCGCAGCACCCCCACGCACAGCCUGGCACCACCCGACCACAGUUGAAGACAGUCCUUGUCGCUGCAGCCUGGGUAGCACUCGACUGCAAACGCAACCAUGCCUUCCCUCAGCAAACUCCUUGUAACCCUAGCGGUCGCCGACGGCUUCCAGAAGCCUUCGUCGAUAAGACAAGCAACAAAACUCAGCGCGUUAACGACGCCCGACAUGGUCAGCAUCUACGGCCGCCUCUCCGAAAGCACGUGCGUCGCCGAGGACGGCGAGACGACGCAAACCGCCAAGAAACCGAAGUGGAUUCCCGCGUAUAGUUUCAGGAAAGAUCACGUCCCGACGUGGAUGGAAGUGUUUGCGGGCAAGGAAAGCAUUUCCCUGGCCGAGUUCGAGGAAGGUUUACAAGCACUGCCCUUCGCGGACCCCUGGCACUCGCCCAAGAGCGAGGCAGCGCAGACCUACUCGCAGGCCGGCGGCCGGGCCGUCUUCGCUUUGUUAGGUGGCGAGGAUUCACUGAGCCUAGACACGUGCGAGGAGAAGCUCAUGGAGCUCGCGCCCGAGAACGACGGCGUGACCUGGCAGGACUUCCAGAUCGCGCUGGUCGAGCUGGGCCAGACUCGGUCGCGCGACUGGGACGCGUUCGUUGACGGGGGCUGGGAGGACCUCCUCGAGGACGACGACUGGGAGGCCUCGAAGGACGACGAGGGCGCGAACCAGCUCAUGACGGACGUCGGCGCCGCGCCGCCGCCGCCGCCGCCGCCGCCGCCGGGCGGCGCCGCCGCCGCCGCCGGGAGGGGCUCCGCCGCCGCCGCCGCCGCCGCCCCAAAAAACGGCGGGGGGCAUCUACCUGGGAUAGUAGGCGCGGGUAAGAGAGUCGACGUAUCUUAG